UGGCUGCCUCACAACAGUGCAUCUACAGAUAUGUGUCAUGUCAGUCUCUGAAUAACUGUGUAUGUGAACAGCAAAGUACAUUGACUGCCAAGUUUGCUUUGUGGAGCAGUUAACACUUAAUUAGCUACACCCUGUUACUGUGUAAACUUCCUUAUUCCCCUCGUCCAAGUGUGUGGUAGGGUUUUGAAAGUGGGAGAGUAGAGAAGUGUAAGUGGUUUGCAAGCGAUGAGAGGAAUUCACUAAAUUUUCAGCAAAGUUUUGUCAUGCACACCCUGUUAUGGUUUUCAACAAAUAACACAUGGUACAAUUGAAAAGAAGUGAUACUACUGUGUUUUUAUGAUAGGGACUGUACUUGAUUAAAAAGAAAUGGACUGAGAAGAAAAGUGAGGAGUAGGUGGGAGGGAAUACAACAGUGCUCAACUUAAAGAGUUCCCACUUCAUCGCCACCCUGACACAACAAAUAUGUGACAGCACAUCAUAGGUACUGCCCACAGUAGAAUUUAACAACAGUAAUGUCAUACAUCUUUAUGAAGUCAACUACCAGAAUUACGAUGUCAUGAGAUGCACCUGUGGCUGCACUGGACGACCAGCACAACGCUGCUUCUCUCGCUAUCGCAGCACACUACAAAUGGCGAGUGUAGCAGCAGCUGUUGUGACCUAUUGUUUUGUUCUGGGUUCUUUUGCAGUGGCCAAACUUCGUGCAGCUGAUGCUCGGUUUUCUCUAACUUAUUUGAAUGUAACAAUAGAUGAACCAAAACUACAAGACACAAAUGCAGUUUGGGAAACAGAAAAUUACAACUAUAAUUAUGACCCAGGGUAUUUGGAAGAAAUAUAUGAGAUGAGACGUGAACGUGUAUGGGAAGUAUGUGUCGACAAAGGAUUGAACACCAGAGGACAGCCAAAUGCCUGGGAAUUUUUCAUUGACAAGGAUCACCAUCUGGUCUGGUGUAGUAUCUUCAAGGCUGCUAGUUCAACAUGGAUGUAUCAUUUCAAUAUAUUAGCUGGCUACAAUGAGAGAUUUCUAAGGCGAACACGCAAAACACCAAUGAGCCUUGCACGUGCUCGCUUUCCACGACCAUCUGUUCAGCAAUUGCAAGAGACACUUCCACACGCACUUUCAUUCCUGAUUGUCAGAGAGCCAUAUGAACGCUUGCUUUCUGCUUAUCGUAACAAGAUAGAGGGGGCAAAGAAUCCUUACUACCGAAAACUUUCAAAACAUAUUGCUCAGCACUAUCGGUACAAGCAAGAUCCGAUGACAGAUGUGCCAGAAAGUGUAAGGUCAGGUCCCACAUUUCCAGAAUUUGUUGAUUACAUCAUAAACAGCAAAAAGUUUGAUGAACAUUGGGCACCUUAUCAUUCAUUCUGUACUCCAUGCCAUGUAAACUUUACAGUUAUUGCAAAAAUGGAAACACUAGAUCGAGAUGAGGAGUAUAUCAUCCAUAAGGCUGGUCUACAAAGACUGCUGUUACCUUCCCACUACCGUUAUAAGCCAAGAACUGCAAUCAACAAGGCAAGGGAUGGGAAAGCUACAGCUGCACUAGUGGAAAAGUACUACUCACAACUGACAAAAAAACAAAUGGAGAAGUUACACAAAAUCUAUGGUACUGAUUUUGAAAUGUUUGAUUACAAUGCAACGAAGUACUUCACUUUUACACAAUCUGAACUAUAGUUAUGUGUCUAUUGCAUUACAUCAAAUCAUGGAAUUAAUAAGAAGAGACACUUUGCUUCUUGCUUUCUAAAUUAUUAAUCAUUUACGGGAAAUUAGGUAAAUAUUACUGUUACAGAUGCUAUUCACAAUAUUUGUACAUUAUACACCCCAAAUCAAAAGUAAAUGACCAUGUUAUUAAUAUUUGUGCCUGUUAUACUAUAAAAAUUAUUGAAAAGUUGAAAGUCGUCAUUAAUGUUUUCAGUCUAAUAUAUGAACAACUUCACUAUGUUGCAAUAUAUUUAUGAACACUAGAAGAGCAGAGUCAGUUUGUCAAUAAGAUGACUGCACCAUAUUAAUGAUUACUUCAGCUUUAAUUUGUCUUUGUGUCUUUUGUAAAAUAGUUGAGUCACAUGGAGUGCAAAUACUUGGAUUAACCAUUCCAAUCCUAUUGGACCAAAUCACAGCAAUUACGAUUGCAAUAAAAAUAAAAUGAUGAUGAGAUAGAUAAAAAUAACAACACUACAUUUUUGCAUGAUAAAAGAAGUAAAAUAGUUUUCAGAACUGGUUAUUGUGAGUGUAACACCUUCUAAGACAGCCCACCACUUAAUUCUUACAGUAUGACUGAAAUUUUUUCAGCUGAACAAUGUUCAGCAAUUUAUGUUCAUAUUACAAAACAAUUAAAACUAGUGAAGUGUGGCAACAUUAAAAUGUCCAAAAUGCAAAUGAAGAGGUCUACAGUAUGGCAUUUUGAGAGAUUCAUCCAUGAUUAGAAAGGAAGAUAAUAUCGGUCCCUUACUCCUGCUGAAUUAGUUGUAUACAGUACAAACCAUUUUAAAGUUUGUUAAGUGCUUAAUGGUUUAAGCAUAUGCAGUACUUCAAUUCCUUUGAUACUGCACCACAUUAAUAAUUACUUCUGCUUUCAGUGAUAAUUGUUGUUUGCAAGCACUAUGUAGUGAGUAACAAAAAAUUUUGGAUUAUUUUGCUCCCUCCAGCCAUCAGUUAUUUACACUAUUGCUAGCCACCUUGCAGUAUGUGGAGGAGGAGAGGUUACUUCAGGUAUCAUUGUCAUUUCCCUUUCUUUCUCUUCCCUUUGCAAAUAGUGGGUGGGAAGAAAGACAGUUAAGCGUAUAAGACGGAUAAGCAUAUAAGAGCUUGAAUUUCUCUUGUUGCCUUUUACAUUCUUCAGACAAUAUUAUACAUUUCAGCAUAUAGUACACUAAAGAAAUGUAAAAUAUUUAUGAUAAUAUGAAUAUCAUCAUAUAAGUAACAGUGCUUGUUCCUGAAUAUUCAUUUUGUGUAGCUACAGAAAAAAGACAGGCAAAUUUAAAACACAGUUAUGGAAACAGUGCAGCUAAUUCAAGAGUUUAUCCAAUGACUUUACCCAAUAUCUUCUACUACAUGUGCAUUUUUCCUUUAUUGCUUUGUUCUGUAUGCUUUCUUCAUAGCGCAAAAAGUGUAAUUGUGUAGACAGUGCAUGACUUUUUUGAUAUAACACUGAUACAAAGUAAUGGAAUUUUGCUUCCAAUUUGCACAGUUACACUGUAGUUAUUUGAAUGGGGCUUACUAAAACAUACAUUUAACAAUAUAAUUUUGUUGUCAGUGUAAACCACUCCUCUAUAUUGUUUAUGUUAAACUAAUUUCUAAGUUUUCAACUUCCUCCCUAAUACUACCUAAGUAUAUUGUGUCGUGGAAAAAAUACGUAUUGUACCGGAUGUUUUUCAACAGUUAAACCAUUACAUUAAGCUAAAAUAGAGAUAGUAGCAUAUUUUUAUCUCAAACUGGUAUUUCCCACUAUAAUGCAAGAUGAUAAUGCACUUAGAUUCACUGUUUCCGAUAACCUUGGAUACUGGUGAUGAUAGAUAUGUUAGUCUGCGGUGCACAUCAGUUCAACAUCUCAUUAAUUAGUAUGUGACAUACACAUUCUUUACAUUGGAAACUGAACAGCAAACAUGCACAAAAGAAUAAUAUAUGAUGACUGUUCCUCAAAAUGUACACACAAUGCAGCAACAUUCUGAAAACUAUAUUACUUCCAGUUAGAGAAAAAUCUUGUCCAUCUAUUGUAAAAGCAUUUGAAAGCCACAACUAUAUACAAGAACUGCAUAAAAAUGUAAUACAAACUGUCACUGUUUAGCAAUGAUAUUAUCUAGUAU